GAUACCAGGAGUGUGAUGGUUUGCACUCCUAUCCUGACAGAAGGAGCGAUCACAACAGAGAGUUGGGUGGCUAAAGGAGUUUUCACAGUGCGCAUGGAUGGAUGAAAGUAAAAUGGGUAAAAGAGGGAAAAAGGGGGAAUCCCACCAACAUCCAUGUCAAGACUCAUCUCUCUGGACUUCUUCUGUCUGGUACUCAGGAAGGAAAGAACAUCUGUCAGUUGUGUGACCCUUGUAUGUUCAUCACUAUUCAGUCCUGGAUUCCUGCUGAGAGAAGUGCAAGAGAAAAACAUCAGCUUCUGUCAGUCGCACCGAAUUGUUGCAGAGGUGGAAGGACAGGGGACAGCGUGGUGAACAGACCAGCUCAGGAGCAUCUGUGUUUACUCUGCAUGGUCACUGUGAAUGAAAGGUGUGGAACUGAAGGACAUGUAGAUGUUACCGUUUACACAUCCGGCCUCCUAAAGACUAAUUAUUGUCUGGGAUCUCUUUACAAAUCUAUAAGGCAAUUUCUCUCUCUGGUGAACUGACAUCCACUACCUCACGAUAAUGACCUUUGCCUGAAUUGCAGAUUCAAGCCCCCACCCUACCCCACCCCAGCCCUCCUGAGUACCUUUAAAUACUGGUAAUCACAAAUGACAGUGUUCACAGAUGUCAUUGCGACUGGAUACACAUACGCUACAGUCAUGCCAUCUCCGGUGAUUUAGGUUUAAGCAUGUCGUGGGACAAACUGGAGAUCUGUGCUCAGUCAAUGGCAGCUGGAGCCAAGAGAACAGAGACUAAUGAGAAAGGUAGAGAUUGAAGGCCUGUUCCAUUAGUACUCCCAGGGGAAGCAUGGGCCUGUAUGCUGGCCGGACACUCUGACCUCUCCCAAAUACAUGUGGGACAUUACUGUGGUGUGCACCGGAAAUAUCUGCAUGGCAGACAGACAACUGCGCUUCUUGGAGUACCAGACAUGGAUAUGGAUGUAACUAUUUUCUUAUACACAAAUAUCUGACUGCUAUUUUCUCACUGUAUACAAAAGAAGCAAAAAGGCUCAUGUUAUGAGCACUACAUUUUAGCACUGCACUGGAGAAAGAGAGUCUGCGUUUCUUUGUUUUCUUGGUUGGCUGUGACUCUCCUGCCUGGGAAUAUCAUGCGACUAUAAACAGGAGGUGGCUCAGACAUCUGAUCCCUGCUCUGCUCAUCUAUCAGUUAUCUCAGCAUUACCAAAUCAAACCAGAGAUCUGAGAGAAGAAAAAAAAUCAGCCUAGAAGACAUCAGCCUAUGUUCCCCAGCAUCCACUGGAUACAGGUGGCUAAUUGCUUAGCUUUCUUGCCAACAAGGUCAGAAAGGAGAAAAGUGACAACUCAUUGACAUCUUUGGUGAGACAGUUGGGGUUUUUCGGCCUCUCUGGGAGGGACUAGCAGUAAAAGGAAAAGCCUCGCUGGGGGCUCUAGUUGAACGGAAGCACUUUUCUACAAGCGAUGUUUGGAUGCGAUGCUCGUCUCUGUGGAUCUAACAUGGACUCUAUGGCCUGAUUACACCGCUCUGGUGUUCAGAUAGUGCUGGAGGCAAGGGAUAAUGUGCCCUGAAAAAGAAGCCACCAUGAGCAACGUCACGGUCACCGACAACACUGAGCCCAUCGGCGGCACCAUGAGUCCGGCGACCCCCAGCCUAUAUCCUGUUAGUUUUCAGGUCUCCCUGACAGGCUUCCUCAUGCUAGAAAUCCUGCUUGGCCUGAGCUCCAACCUCACUGUGCUUGCCCUUUACUGCAUGAAGUCAAACCUCAUUAGCUCCGUCAGUAACAUCGUCACUAUGAACCUCCAUGUGCUGGAUGUACUGGUUUGCGUGUGCUGCAUCCCUCUCACCAUUGUGGUGGUCCUACUCUCCCUGGAAGGAGACACAGCCCUCGUCUGUUGCUUCCAUGAAGCCUGUGUUUCCUUCGCUAGUGUUGCCACUGCUGCUAAUGUACUGGCCAUCACCCUUGAUCGUUACGACAUCUCUGUCAAACCAGCCAACAGAGUCCUGACCAUGGGUCGUGCCCUGGCCCUGCUGGCCACCAUCUGGGUGCUAUCCUUUGUUAGCUUCCUUGUACCCUUUAUUGAGGUGGGCUUCUUUGCUCAAGGCCACACAGAGCAGAACCAGACACUGGUGGAGAACGUGGUCCCCACUAACCAGUACUACAAUGAACUUGGCCUCUAUUACCACUUGCUUGCUCAGAUUCCUAUUUUCUUCUUUACUGCUAUUGUCAUGCUAAUCACCUACUCAAAGAUCCUGCAAGCGCUCAACAUUCGCAUUGGUACGCGUUUCCAUGCUUCACAGAAGAAGAAAGCUCGCAGGAAAAAGCGUCUGUCCAUGACAACCAUGACAACACAGCAAGAGACCACGGACGGCUCGCAGAGCAGUGGCACCCGUAAUCCCACGCUGGGUAUGCGAACCUCCGUCUCCGUCAUUAUUGCCUUGCGCAGGGCAGUUAAACGUCACAGGGAAAGACGAGAACGCCAAAAGAGAGUUUUCAGAAUGUCCCUCCUCAUCGUGUCUACGUUUUUGCUGUGCUGGACGCCCAUCACGGUACUAAACACAGUAAUCCUCAGCGUGGGCCUCAGUGACCUGAUGGUCAAGUUGCGACUAGGCUUCCUGGUCAUGGCUUAUGGGACAACUAUCUUUCACCCACUACUCUAUGCCUUCACAAGGCAGAAGUUCCAGAAAGUCUUGAAAAGCAAGAUGAAGAAGCGAGUGGUGUCAAUAAUUGAGGCGGACCCUACCCCCAAUAACGCUAUUAUUCACAACUCUUGGAUUGACCCAAAGAGGAACAAAAAGGUGACGUUUGAGGACAAAGACGCCCAACUGAAAUGUCUAUCUUCAGAGAAUGUGGAGUGAAGGAACUUAUCAUCUUAUCAGCAAAUACAGUCAAAGCAGCUAAAACUGACAUCAGGUCAUGACGAAAAAGGGAAAACGUUAAUCCAAAGCAGUAAUGUAAAUGUUAUGGGCAGUAGAACAUACAACAACAUGAGUUAGAUUAUUUAUUACUAUUUAUUGAGAACAAAACUAGGUUUCAUAGAUAUACUGUCUACUGUACUGUAGAUAUUGCAUGGCUUUUUGUAUCAGUCGCAACAUAAAUAACAUUGUGUACAUACAAAUACAUGUACAGA